AUGGAGCCGCCCCGUGGCGCUUCCCGCGCUCCCCUGGCCCUCAUCCUCCUCCUCCUCCUCGCGCUGACGGCGGCGCUCGCCCCCGGCCGCGCGGCCGCCACCGGCGUCUUCGAGGUGCGCCGCAAGUUCCCGCGCCACCACGGAGGCGGCGCCGGCGGGGGCAAGCACCUGGCGGACCUCCGGGAGCACGACGCUCGCCGCCACGGCCGCUCCCUCGCCGCCGCCGUCGACCUGCCCCUCGGCGGCAACGGCCUCCCCACCGAGACCGGGCUCUACUUCACGCAGAUUGGGAUCGGCACGCCGGCCAAGAGCUACUACGUGCAGGUGGACACCGGCAGCGACAUACUCUGGGUCAACUGCGUCUCCUGCGACACCUGCCCCCGCAAGAGCGGCCUCGGGAUAGAGCUGACGCUGUACGACCCCAGUGGAUCGUCGAGCGGCACCGGGGUCACGUGCGGCCAGGAGUUCUGCGUCGCUACUCACGGCGGCGUGCUCCCAUCCUGCGUCCCCGCCGCGCCGUGUCAGUACAGCAUCUCAUACGGAGACGGAAGCUCCACCACUGGGUUCUUUGUCACGGACUUCUUGCAGUACAACCAGGUGUCCGGCAAUAGCCAAACCACCUUGGCCAAUACAAGCAUCACGUUUGGGUGUGGUGCUAAGAUUGGUGGAGAUUUGGGGUCGUCAAGCCAGGCCCUUGACGGGAUUCUUGGAUUUGGUCAGUCAAAUUCAUCCAUGCUGUCGCAGUUAGCGGCUGCAGGAAAAGUGAGGAAGGUCUUCGCACAUUGCUUGGACACCAUAAAUGGUGGAGGAAUUUUUGCUAUUGGGGAUGUCGUGCAGCCGAAAGUUAGCACAACGCCGUUGGUGCCCGGCAUGCCGCAUUACAAUGUCAACUUGGAAGCAAUUGAUGUUGGUGGUGUUAAGCUACAGCUUCCAACUAAUAUUUUUGAUAUAGAGGAAAGUAAAGGUACCAUUAUUGACAGUGGAACAACAUUGGCGUAUCUACCACAGGUGGUUUAUAAUGCUAUAAUGUCUAAGGUAUUUGCUCGGUAUGGAGAUAUGCCCUUAAAAAAUGAUCAAGAUUUCCAAUGUUUCAGAUAUUCUGGAAGUGUAGACGAUGGAUUUCCUAUAAUCACCUUUCACUUUGAGGGCGGCCUUCCACUGAAUAUUCAUCCACAUGACUAUCUUUUUCAAAAUGGGGAGCUGUACUGCAUGGGGUUCCAGACUGGUGGAUUACAAACCAAGGAUGGAAAAGAUAUGGUGCUUUUGGGAGAUCUAGCAUUUUCAAACAGGCUGGUUCUUUAUGAUUUAGAAAAUCAAGUUAUUGGAUGGACCGAUUACAACUGCUCCUCCAGCAUUAAAAUCAAGGAUGACAAGACUGGAUCAAUAUACACUGUGAACGCGCAUGAUAUCUCAUCUGGAUGGAGAUUUCAGUGGCACAAGUCCUUGUUUGUAUUGCUAGUAACGGCGCUGUGCAGCUAUACAAUGUUCUAA